CGGUCUUACUGCUGCUUCCGCGCAUGUCCUCUGGUCCUUGAACGCAUGCUGAUGAAAUAGUACGGCGUGCACCUCUGGAAGACAGCAGGGUUUACUCGUUCAAUUAGGCGGGUCGGACAUAGGGAUACAUCAAGAUGCCUGCGUUAAGUUGUAGAUUUUAUCAGCAUAAGUUUCCGGAGGUCGACGAUGUAGUGAUGGUAAACGUCAGGUCUAUUGCGGAGAUGGGUGCCUACGUCAGCCUCCUAGAAUACAACAACAUUGAGGGUAUGAUUCUUCUCAGUGAACUGUCAAGAAGACGUAUCCGAUCCAUCAACAAACUCAUCCGUAUUGGCAGGAAUGAGUGUGUAGUGGUCAUCAGAGUUGAUAAAGACAAAGGAUAUAUAGAUUUAUCUAAAAGAAGAGUUUCUCCAGAGGAAGCCCUUAAAUGUGAAGACAAGUUCACCAAAUCAAAAACUGUUUACAGUAUUCUGCGUCAUGUGGCAGAAGUGUUGGAGUACACAAAAGAUGAGCAACUUGAAAGUUUAUUUCAGAGAACAGCUUGGGUAUUUGAUGAGAAGUACAAAAGGCCAGGAUAUGGAGCCUAUGACGCUUUCAAACAAGCAGUCUCGGACACUUCUGUUCUGGAUGGAUUGGACUUGAUAGAAGAGGAGAGGCGUGUUCUCAUUGACAACAUUAAUAGGCGUCUCACACCACAAGCUGUAAAAAUUCGUGCAGAUAUUGAAGUUGCAUGUUAUGGCUAUGAAGGUAUCGACGCAGUGAAAUCUGCAUUAAGAGCAGGACUGAGUUGUUCUACCGAGAACAUGCCAAUUAAGAUAAAUCUUAUUGCUCCUCCACGGUACGUGAUGACCACCACCACACUGGAGAGGACAGAGGGGCUUUCUGUCUUGAACCAAGCCAUGUCUGUCAUCAAAGAGCGGAUCGAGGAGAAGAGAGGAGUAUUUAAUGUCCAGAUGGAGCCUAAGGUGGUCACUGACACAGACGAAACCGAACUUGCCAGACAGCUGGAGCGACUGGAAAAAGAGAACGCAGAAGUGGAUGGUGAUGAUGAUGAUGAUGAAAUGGAAGCCAAAGCUGAGGACUAAAACACCAUAUUAUUAACUUCUAAGAGAAAAAAAUAAAAUAAAAAAAGAAAUUAAGUGCAACACACCUACCGGCCACAAGUUACAUCAUUUCCUUCUUUAGGAAAAAAAUAAUAAAAAAUAUAUAUAUAUUGUUUUUAUUGGAAAACAUUGUUUGUAACAGGGCUCUUAAUUUCAAACAACACAUAUCUAUUUAAAAUGACCCACAUCGGUUUGUGAUAUAUAUAUAUAUAUUUUAACAAAUCAGGUGUUUUGUAUGGAUGUACAGAGCUUUUGAAAUCUCCAGAAAUGAAUAAGAUAAAUUCGACAGUGCUUUCGAUAAUCUCAGUUUAAUUGGGAAUGUACAACAGCCUAAAUCUCUUGUGCCCUGUACGCUACUUCAUAGGGCUAAACCAGUGCCAUUACUUGCGCCAAUGCAUUGUUUAAUUAUAUUUGUUACAGCAAACUUGUCUGAAGCCCAUAUAGGUAUCGUUUAUUAAUAAGACCAUUAACCUUCUCAAAGGCAGUCCAGGCUGACGACCCAUAGGCAGACUGAAUAAACUGGAUGUAUUUUUGAUGUAAACACUAGAUUAUCGCUCUCCAUCCUCUGGUUUAGGCCUAUGUCAAUAUACUUUUAUGACCAGCAUCCAUAUAUGCCAGUGUACUCGCUGCAUUGUGACAAUGCUUUAUCUGUUGCAGCUGCUUGAUUGCACAGAUAGUUGUGAUUGGUUGCCUAUACAAAAAAAAAACAAGAUUGAGUUAUAAGAGAUCCAAGCCUGGAAGAUUUGUAUGGCAAUUUUGAAAAAUUUUAAUAUUUAUGUACAAUCCUUUAAACAAAUAUUAACUAAUAAAAUCUGGGAUAUUUAA